CAAGACGAGGCCACUUUUGAAAUUGUCGCGAUGGCAUCUACCGGCCAGGGCAACCUCACCGACAUCACCUCUGCCACAAACUCUGAGGACUUGACCGAAGGGAGCUUUGCGUCAAACAGUGGCUGGUGGAGCAACGACUCGGACGACGGCCACAGAGAACGCCAGAGCGACGUGUCAGUUGGCACGACCAAGCUGGCCUCCGAGAACACUGCGUCGUACCUAGACAAGCUGCAUCGCAUGUUGGAAUCGUCCCCUUCGACUGUCGUUGCGUGGACUCGGCAUGGCUCGGCGUUUGCCGUGUACAACAGAGAUGAGCUCGAAACGACGAUCCUGCCCCAGUACUUUUCAUCAGGCACGUUUGAGAGCUUUAUCCGACUUUUGAGCGCCCACGGAUUCCGCAAAGCAAAGCACACGAUCAACGGAACGCCCACGUGGGAGUUUCGCCAUCCCAACUUUACCAAUGGCCGUCAACUCUACACGAUCGUGCGUCGCCGUCGUCGGCGACGGCGGGAUGGCGCCCCCGAGCCACCACCGCGAACUGGUCGCGGUCCCAUGUACGGUCAUCUGAAAUCUACAUUGAUCGAUAUGAUGGCUGUGGUGCGUAAUCUCAAGACUGAGCUCGUUGACACGAAAGCGCUCGUCAUGGCAUACGCUCGAAUGCAUCAGGGAAAUGUGGAGUAAUUUGAGCGAAUGUGAAGUUCAAGGUUAUUUAACACAAGAGGGUCCGUCA